AUGGAGGGCGGGAAGGAGGGUAAAUGGAAUACAGAGCAUUUGGGCCAGCGGCUCGCAGUUGAUGCAGCUUGCGCUGCUUCUGCGGGAUUUCUCGUAGCUCCCAUCGUCAGUAUGGUUGAUAAAGCUAUCAUGGAGAACGCUUCAGGCAAACGCGCGAUGGCUGCUUCUGCAAAGGCCUCAUUCACGCAGCUCAUUUGCCGGCCUCACCUAUAUCUCACGUCGAAGACCUUUGGCUUGAUUUUGAUGGUUUAUGGAGGAACAUAUCUGUCUGCAAACUUCCUCGACACCUUCAAAUCGACAACGCGCAACAAGACCGCUAGCACGACAACCGCGGGCCCUGCUAAAUUUGCCGCUACCAGCGCAGCGAAUCUCAGCCUCACGAUGGUCAAGGACUCACAAUUCACCAAGAUGUUCGGAACAGUGUCAGCGAGGCCCAUUCCUCCCGUUACAUAUGCUCUCUUUGCCAUUCGUGACAGCAUGACCAUAUUCGCAUCGUUCAAUCUUCCUCCCCUAAUCGCAGCACGACUUACUCUCUCUGAGACCGCCGAGAGGUAUAUAUCUCGUACCUCUGCAGCGCAGUUUAUGGCUCCAGCUGCAAUCCAAUUCAUCAGCACACCCUUCCACCUGUAUGGCCUGGACCUCUACAAUCGCAAUGGUGACACUUCCAUCCGCGAUCGUCUCGCUAAAGUACGGCUCGAUUGGCUGAAGAGCACUGCAGCAAGAAUGUGCAGAAUUGUGCCUGCUUUUGGAUUUGGUGGAGUCGUCAACAACAGUCUCCGCCUCAAGUUCCAGAAGGCACUUGAGUAG